CGAGGGCACGUGAUCUGUCAGCUCGGAGAGACGGAGGAAAAUGGCCGCCGGGUGUGUGCGGGGCUACGUGCUGGAAGCCGCUUCGUCCGCGUUUCCCGGUUUCUAACAGCGCCUGCGGCAGAGCCGGCCCUUCCCGCCCGAAGCGUCCGUGGCCGGCUGUGAGACGGCAUUGGGACCACAGCGCUCUGUGAAGAUGUCAGUUCUGAUAUCGCAGAGUGUGAUCAAUUAUGUAGAGGAAGAGAACAUUCCUGCUCUGAAAGCUCUUCUAGAAAAAUGCAAAGAUGUGGAUGAGAGAAACGAGUGCGGCCAGACCCCGCUGAUGAUAGCCGCGGAGCAGGGCAGCCUGGAGAUAGUGAAAGAGCUGGUGAAGAAUGGAGCUAACUGCAACCUGGAGGACUUGGAUAACUGGACAGCACUCAUAUCAGCCUCCAAGGAAGGGCACGUGCACGUGGUGGAAGAGCUGCUCAGGUGUGGGGCCGACGUGGAGCACCGAGACAUGGGAGGAUGGACGGCUCUGAUGUGGGCGUGUUACAAGGGCCGCACCGAGGUGGUGGAGCUGCUCCUUUCCCACGGUGCCAACCCCAGCGUCACCGGUCUGCAGCACAGCGUCUACCCCAUCAUCUGGGCGGCAGGGAGGGGCCACGCCGACAUAGUGCGCCUCCUGCUGCAGAACGGCGCGAAGGUCAACUGCUCCGACAAGUACGGGACCACCCCUCUGGUGUGGGCUGCACGGAAGGGCCACCUGGAGUGUGUCCGGCAUUUGUUGGCCUCGGGGGCUGACGUGGACCAAGAAGGCGCUAACUCCAUGACCGCGCUCAUCGUGGCCGUGAAAGGAGGCUACACGCAGUCGGUGAAGGAGAUUCUGAAGAGGAGCCCCAACGUGAACCUGACGGACAAGGACGGAAACACGGCCUUGAUGAUCGCGUCCAAGGAGGGGCACACGGAGAUUGUGCAGGACCUGCUCGACGCCGGGACCUACGUGAACAUGCCUGACAGGAGCGGGGACACCGUGCUGAUUGGAGCCGUCAGAGGUGGGCACGUGGAAAUCGUGCGAGCGCUCCUCCAGAAAUACGCCGACAUAGACAUUCGGGGGCAGGACAAUAAGACGGCUCUGUACUGGGCGGUAGAGAAAGGAAACGCAACCAUGGUGAGGGACAUCCUGCAGUGCAGCCCGGACACGGAGAUCUGCACCAAGGACGGUGAGACCCCGCUGAUAAAGGCCACCAAGAUGAGGAACAUCGAGGUGGUGGAGCUGCUGCUGGACAAAGGCGCUAAGGUGUCUGCCGUGGACAAGAAGGGGGACACGCCUUUGCACAUCGCCAUCCGCGGGAGGAGCCGGAAGCUGGCCGAGCUCCUGCUGCGGAACCCCAAAGACGGGAGGCUGCUCUACAGGCCCAACAAGGCAGGCGAGACGCCCUACAACAUCGACUGCAGCCACCAGAAGAGCAUUCUCACUCAGAUAUUUGGAGCCAGACACUUGUCCCCCACGGAGACGGAUGGGGACAUGCUGGGCUACGACCUGUACAGCAGUGCCCUGGCGGACAUCCUCAGCGAGCCCACCAUGCAGCCGCCCAUCUGCGUGGGGCUCUACGCCCAGUGGGGGAGCGGCAAGUCCUUCCUCCUCAAGAAGCUGGAGGAUGAAAUGAAGACUUUCGCGGGACAGCAGAUCGAGCCCCUCUUCCAGUUCUCGUGGCUGAUCGUGUUCCUGACGCUGGCGCUCUGCGGCGGCCUCGGGCUGCUGCUCGCCUUCUCGGUGGACCCCAGCCUCGGCGCGGCCGUGUCCCUCAGCGUCCUGGCCCUCCUGUACAUGCUGUUCAUCGUCAUUUACUUCGGCGGCCGAAGGGAGGGCGAGAGCUGGACCUGGGCCUGGGUGCUCAGCACCACGCUGGCCAGACACAUCGGCUACUUGGAGCUGCUCCUGAAGCUGAUGUUCGUGAACCCGCCCGAGCUGCCGGAGCAGACCACCAAGGCUCUGCCUGUGCGGUUCUUGUUCACAGACUACAACCGGCUGUCCAGUGUGGGCGGGGAGACGUCCAUGGCCGAGAUGAUCGCCACCCUCUCGGACGCCUGCGAGCGGGAGUUCGGCUUUUUGGCCACCAGGCUCUUCCGCGUGUUCAAGACGGAAGACACGCAGGGUAAGAAGAGAUGGAAGAAAACGUGCUGCCUCCCGUCUUUCGUCAUCUUCCUGUUCAUCCUCGGCUGCAUCGUUGCUGGGGUCACCCUUCUGGCCAUCUUCCGGGUCGACCCGAAGCAUCUGACAGUGAAUGCUGUGCUCAUAUCCAUUGCGUCCGUGGUGGGCUUGGCCUUCGUGCUGAGCUGCCGGACCUGGUGGCAGGUGCUGGACUCCCUGCUGAGCUCCCAGAGGAAACGCCUGCACGGCGCCGCCUCCAGGCUGCACAAGCUGAAGAGCGAGGGGUUCAUGAAAGUCCUGAAGUGCGAGGUGGAGCUGAUGGCCAGGAUGGCGAAGACCAUCGACAGCUUCACGCAGAACCAGACGCGGCUGGUGGUCAUCAUCGACGGGCUGGACGCCUGCGAGCAGGACCGAGUGCUCCAGAUGCUGGACACCGUGCGGGUCCUGUUCUCGAAGGGCCCCUUCAUCGCCAUCUUCGCGAGCGACCCGCACAUCAUCAUCAAGGCCAUCAACCAGAACCUCAGCAGCGUGCUGCGCGACUCCAACAUCAACGGGCACGACUACAUGCGCAACAUCGUGCACCUGCCCGUCUUCCUCAACAGCCGCGGGCUGAGCAGCGCCCGGCGGCACCUCGUCGCCACGGCCACCAACGGGGACCUCCCGUGCUCGGACGCCAUGGGGGCCCAGGAGGACGCGGACCGGCGGGUCUCGCAGAACAGCCUCGGGGAGCUGACGAAGCUCGGCAGCAAGACGGCGCUCAACCGGCGGGACACCUACCGGCGGCGGCAGAUGCAGCGCACCAUCACCCGGCAGAUGUCCUUCGACCUGACCAAGCUGCUGGUGACGGAGGACUGGUUCAGUGACAUCAGUCCGCAGACCAUGAGGAGGCUGCUCAACAUCGUGUCUGUGACAGGGCGCUUGCUGCGAGCCAAUCAGAUCAGCUUCAACUGGGACAGGCUUGCGAGCUGGAUCAACCUGACCGAGCAGUGGCCGUACCGCACCUCGUGGCUCAUCCUGUACUUGGAAGAGACCGAGGGUGUCCCAGAUCAGAUGACCUUAAAAGCCAUCUAUGAAAGAAUAUCAAAGAACAUCCCGACAACGAAAGAUGUCGAGCCCCUGCUUGAAAUAGAUGGAGACACACGGAGCUUUGAAGUGUUUCUGUCCUCGAGAACCCCGGUCCUCGUGGCUCGGGACGUGAAGACCUUCCUGCCGUGCACCGUGAACCUCGACCCCAAGCUACGGGAAAUUAUCGCAGAUGUCCGUGCUGCGAGAGACCAGAUGAACAUCGGAGGGCUCGCCUACCCCCCGCUGCCUUUGCACGAGGCCCCCCCCAGGCCCCCGUCGGGCUACAGCCAGGCGCCGUCCGUCUGCUCCUCCUCCACGUCCUUCAACGGGCCGUUCGCGGGCGGGGUGCUGUCGCCGCAGCCUCACAGCAGCUACUACAGCGGCAUGACGGGGCCCCAGCACCCCUUCUACAACAGGCCGUUCUUUGCCCCACACCUUUACUCGCCACGGUACUGCCCUGGCGGCCCCCACCACCUCAUCUCACGUCCGUCUGUAAAAUCGUGUCUGCCCAGAGAGCAGAGCAGUGGCCUAGAGGCUAUCCAGGAGGACGCUGCGGAGGGGCUGCCCUCGCCCACAGCCUCCUCGAGGGGGCCGGGCCCCGCCCCAGGAGCAGUGCUGCUGAGCUCCAUGACGGUGGACGCGGUGUGCGAGAAGCUGAAGCAGAUCGAGGGGCUGGAGCCGAGCCUGCUGCCCCAGUACUGCGCCACCAUCAGGAAGGCAAACAUAAACGGCCGUGUGUUAGCUCAGUGCAACAUUGACGAACUGAAGAAAGAAAUGAAUAUGAAUUUCGGGGACUGGCAUCUUUUCAGAAGCACAGUGCUGGAGAUGAGGAGUGCGGAGAGCCAGCUGGUCCCGGAAGACCCGCGGCUGCUCAACGAGAACAACAGCGGCCCCGCCGCCCCGGGGGACCCCGCCCGGCGGGCCCCGCACAGCGAGCUGCCGCACGGCGAGCUGGCGGCGCAGACGCCCUACACGCUCAACUUCAGCUUCGAGGAGCUGAACACGCUCGGCCUGGACGAGGGUGCCCCGCGCCACAGCAACCUCAGCUGGCAGUCACAGACGCGCAGGACCCCGAGCCUCUCGAGCCUCAACUCGCAGGACUCCAGCACCGAGAUCGCCAAGCUCACGGACAAGGUGCAGGCCGAGUACCGGGACGCGUACCGGGAGUACAUCGCGCAGAUGUCGCAGCUGGAAGGGGGCCCGGGCUCCGCCGCGGUCAGCGGCCGGUCCUCCCCACACAGCGCCUAUUACCUGGGUCAGAGUUCCUCGGGGGGCUCCAUCCACUCGAGCCUGGACGCGGAGAAAGGGAGGGACAGCGAGCCGAAGCCGGAUGACGGCAGGAAGUCCUUCCUGAUGAAGAGGGCAGACGUCACAGACCACUCCUCGUCGGGGGUCUCCACCAGCGACGCCUCGCCCCUGGACCCCAUCACGGAGGAGGACGAGAAGCCCGACCAGUCGGGCAGCAAGCUGCUCCCGGGCAAGAAGUCCUCGGAAAGGUCAAGCCUCUUCCAGACGGACCUGAAGCUCAAGGGCGGGGGGCUGCGCUACCAGAAGCUCCCGAGCGACGAGGACGAGUCGGGGACGGAGGAGUCCGACAACACCCCGCUGCUCCGGGACGACAAGGACAAGAGGGCGGAGGGGAAGGCCGAGCGCGCGGCCAAGUCCCCGGAGCACAGCGCCGAGCCGCUCAGAACCUUCAUCAAGGCGAAGGAGUACCUGGCGGACGCCCUGCUGGACAAGAAGGACUCCUCCGACUCCGGGGUGAGGUCCAGCGAGAGCUCGCCCAACCACUCGGAGGCGGCCGACGACCCGCAGCUGGAGAAGGCCAACCUCAUCGAGCUGGAGGAGGACGGCCGCGGCGGGGCCCGGGGGGUCCCGCACAGCCUCAGCGGCCUGCCGGACCCCCUGGUGGCCCGCAUGUCCAUCUGCUCCGAGGACAAGAAGAGCCCGUCCGAGUGCAGCCUGACGGCCAGCAGCCCCGAGGAGAGCUGGCCCGCGUGCCCCAAGGGCUACAACCUGAACCGCACGCCCAGCACCGUGACCCUGAACAACAACAGCGCGCCGGCCGGCAGGGCCCACCAGCACUUCGACGACCGCGACGGGACCCGGGAGACGCCCCCGGUCCUCCUGAGGCCCGCCCCCAGCUCCGGCCCCGCGGCCGUUCAGAAUGAAAACCUGAAGAGCAUGGCGCACAAGCGAGCCCAGCGCGCCAGCUACACGCGGCUCUCGAAGGACUCCUCCGAGCUGCUCGCCGUGGCCGCCUCCGAGAGCACGGGCUUCGGGGAGGAGAGGGAGAGCAUCCUCUGAGGCGGACGCCCGGGCC